AUGACUCUAGAGACCAAAAGCAAUUGCAGCAGUGAGAGAUUCACAUAUCUCUUCUCUCCAUAUUACCUCCAUCCAUCCGACGACCCUAGUACCGCCUUAGUCUCCUGCCUGUUAACGGGAGAGAAUUAUCAGACAUGGAGGCGUGUAAUGAUCAACACGCUCAACGCCAAAAAUAAAGCUGGAUUUGUGGAUGGAACGAUAAAAAAAUCAGAUCGUUCGAAGACGAUGGAAUGGCUAGCAUGGUCGAAAUGCAAUUCAAUGGUGAUAUCUUGGAUUUUCAAUGCACUCGUCCAAGAAUUACAUCAAAGUAUCGCCUAUAUAUGUCGAGAAUGCCAAGAUCUCGAACAACAUUUUUCUCAAGGCAAUGCCCCUCGGAUCUUCCAGUUAAAGAGAAAUAUUGCACUCUUGAAGCAAGAUGAUCUUGUAGUUGUCUAUUACACGAAGAUGAAGGGGAUAUGGGACGAACUCGCUACUUUCUCAAGGGCUCCAACCUGUUCAUGCGGAGGUGCUGCGAAAGAAUUCAUUGUCGAAAAAGAAAAUGAAUACGUAUUUCAAUUUCUUGUUGGUUUAAAUGAGAGAUUCACUCCUAUCAGGUCCAGCAUUCUUGGCAUGGAACCUCUACCGGACAUCACCAAAGUCUAUGCAUUAGUGUCCCAAGAAGAAAAUUAUCAAGAAUUAGCAAUCCAACAAGCAUCGACAGUAGAGGCAGUAGCCAUGAAUGUAGCAGCACAACCACAAGGUGGAAACUUCAAGAAUAGCAAUGGCAAGCCUAAACUACGGUGCAAUCACUGUAAGAAACAGGGACACACCAAAGACCAUUGUUAUGAGAUUUUUGCAUACCCACCAAACUGGGAAACCAGGGGGAGAUCAAAAGGAAAAGCUCCAUUGAAGACAAAUAAUUCUAAACCUGGGUCUACCAAUCCAAAUACAGAAGUCUCACCUAUCAAUGGACUCUCCCAUUUGAACAAUACCGACAGUUGA